AUCUUAAUUAAAAGUAUUUUUAUGCCUUUUUUUAGCCCCGGAAUGAGAUCAGAGGUAAGCUCUUCUCCAUCCACAACCUCGGCAACUACGGGACCACCUCCGAAGCUUUGUCUUGUUUGCUCUGAUGAGGCCUCUGGGUGCCAUUAUGGUGUUCUUACUUGUGGCAGCUGCAAAGUGUUCUUCAAAAGAGCUGUGGAAGGGCAGCACAACUAUCUGUGCGCUGGGAGAAAUGAUUGCAUUAUUGACAAAAUUCGGAGGAAAAACUGUCCAGCAUGCCGCUACCGGAAAUGUCUUCAAGCUGGCAUGAACCUCGAAGCUCGAAAAACAAAGAAGAAGAUAAAAGGAAUUCAGCAGGCUAAUGCAACAGGAACGCGGGAUGCAUCUGAAACACCUGGAAACAAGAGCAUCGUUCCCGCGUCCCUGCCGCAGCUGACCCCGACCCUGGUGUCCCUGCUGGAGGUGAUCGAGCCCGAGGUGCUGUACUCAGGCUACGACAGCACCCUGCCUGACUCCAGCUGGAGGAUCCUCUCCACGCUCAACAUGCUGGGAGGACGGCAAGUAGUAGCUGCGGUAAAGUGGGCAAAGGCAAUACCAGGUUUCCGAAAUUUACAUCUGGAUGACCAAAUGACCCUUCUGCAGUACUCAUGGAUGUUCCUAAUGGCUUUUGCUUUAGGAUGGAGAUCAUAUAAACAAUCAAAUGGAAAUCUCCUGUGCUUCGCACCAGAUCUGAUUAUUAAUGAGCAGAGAAUGAAUCUACCAUGUAUGUAUGAACAAUGCAAACAUAUGCUUAUGGUUGCCCGAGAGCUAUCACGGCUUCAAGUCUCAUAUGAAGAGUAUCUCUGCAUGAAAACAUUGCUUCUCCUCUCUACAAUUCCUAAGGAAGGCCUGAAGAGUCAAUCUCUGUUUGAAGAAAUUCGUAUGACAUACAUUAAAGAGCUGGGGAAGGCCAUAGUGAAAAGAGAAGGGAACUCAAGCCAGAACUGGCAGCGAUUUUAUCAACUGACUAAACUGUUGGACUCUAUGCAUGAUGUGGUUGAAAAUCUUCUGAGCUUUUGCUUCCAGACAUUUUUGGAUAAAUCCAUGAGUAUUGAGUUCCCAGAAAUGUUGGCAGAAAUCAUCAGCAAUCAGAUACCAAAAUAUUCAAAUGGAAAUAUCAAGAAGCUCUUAUUUCAUCAAAAGUGACUGCCUUAAUACAAAAGGGUUGCCUUAAGAAAACGUCAAAUGAUAGCUUUUUUUUUUGUAAAGAAAAAACCUACAGAACUUGUUAAUUUUGUCCUUGCAGCGGUGUUUCUUUUGUAAUUAUGCACUACAUGUGGUUUACAGAGGGCCAAGAUUUAGGCUAUGGAAGCAGCGGAUUUCUUACGUUUGGUAAAUAGUUGGGGAGAAAGGAAAGGAAAAUAAAUCUUAUUUGUCAGAAAUUAUAUCUCUCCCCUUGUGCAACAUCCAUGGAUGCAUCAAAACCACCGGUGACAAGAUCUGAAGCUGUGUUACGAACAUUCUGCUAAUUAAUUUCUGCAGUUGGCUGGACACAAUUUUCUAGGCUUUUUUUUUUUUUUUAGUGUUCUGGAUUUUUUUUUUUUUUAAAGUUAAGGUAGCAUUUUGGUUUAUGCAUGUAACCUGAAGAAAGUUUACAAGUGUAUAUCAGAAAAGGGAAG